GUAUUCCCCGUCUCCUGUCGAGCUCAACAAAGCCCGUUGUCAAAGGACUUGUUGCAUCAGGAGGCUUUCCUGUCGAUAAACCUAUCUGUCCUCCUUCUUCUCCUUCCGUGCUCCAGGCCGGGGUCUUGGACCAGCCACCAUUCUAAGCCUCAUUACUUGGGUUAGCAUUGCUACUGUGGUUAGCAUUUGCUACUCUGGUCAAGCACCCGUCGCCUUGCUAGCAUUAGCUUGGUUAGCAUUAGGGCUUUGUUAGCAUUAUCCUAGUUAGUUUUCGCCUUCCUAGCAUCAACCUAGUUCGCAUUGGCCUGGUUAGCAUUAGCUAUCUUAGCAUUAGCCUAGUUCGCAUUAGCCCAGUUAGCAUCAACCCUGUUAGCGUUAGCCUCAGCAACCCGGAGAGGUCACCAUGGACCACCACAGCAGCUGGAGUGGCAGCGAGAGUGCUGGGGAGGACAUGGAGCAUCUGAGUGAAUCCGGGGACAAGGGCGUGGAUGGGGACCCGGAGGGCGUGUGGAGCCCAGACAUCGAGCAGAGCUUCCAGGAGGCACUGGCCAUCUACCCUCCUUGCGGCCGGAGGAAGAUCAUCCUCUCUGACGAAGGCAAGAUGUACGGUCGCAACGAGUUAAUAGCAAGAUACAUUAAGCUCCGAACAGGAAAGACCAGGACGAGAAAGCAGGUCUCCAGUCAUAUCCAGGUUUUAGCCCGGAGGAAAUCCAGGGAGUUCCACUCCAAACUGAAGGUCACCAGGAUGGACCAGAACGUGAAGGACAAGGCGCUCCAGAGCAUGGCCUCCAUGUCCUCGGCCCAGAUCGUCUCGGCCACGGCCAUCCACAGCAAGCUGGGCCUUCCUGGGCUACCCAGACCCAGCUUCCCUGGGGCAGCAGGGUUCUGGCAGGGUAUGAUGUCCGCCGGACAGCCGGGAUCCUCUCAAGAUGUCAAGCCCUUCACCCAGCAAGCCUACCCCAUCCAGACCGCGGUGACCACCAUCUCAGCGUACGAGCCCCCCCCCGCCCCCUCGCCGAGCCCCCCCGCCUGGCAGGGCCGCUCUGUGGGCACCACUAAGCUGAGGCUGGUUCAGUUCUCCUCCUUCCUGGAGCAGCAGAGGGGCCCCGACGAUCACCUGUUUGUGCACAUAGGCCAGACCAGCUACACGUACAGCGACCCCCUGCUGGAGGCGGUGGACAUAAGGCAGAUCUACGACAAGUUCCCCGAGAAGAAGGGAGGCCUCAAGGAGCUGUUUGGGAAAGGCCCUCACAACUCUUUCUUCCUCAUCAAGUUCUGGGCAGACCUGAACUGCAACGUGCAGGAUGACUCCGGGGCGUUCUACGGCGUGACGAGCCAGUACGAGAGCUCCGAGAACAUGACCAUCACCUGCUCCACCAAGGUGUGCUCCUUUGGCAAGCAGGUGGUGGAGAAGGUGGAGACAGAGUACGCCAGGUUUGAGAACGGACGUUUCGUGUACCGCCUCAACCGUUCUCCCAUGUGCGAGUACAUGAUUAACUUCAUCCACAAGCUCAAGCACCUGCCAGAGAAGUACAUGAUGAACAGCGUGCUGGAGAACUUCACCAUCCUGCUGGUGGUGACCAACAGAGACACCCAGGAGACGCUGCUGUGCAUGGCCUGCGUGUUCGAGGUGUCCAACAGCGAGCACGGGGCUCAGCACCACAUCUAUAGGCUAGUCAAGGAAUAACACACACACACUCACACAGAGUGGGAUGAAACACUCCCUCACUCUGUGUAAUAAACACUACAAAUGAACGUUCAUAUCUACCAGCUGGCCAUGGAAUAAUAACACACACACAUACGAUCCAGCCCGAAUGAUUGACUGAGAGGGACUUCUCUGCCCGAGGGAGUCUUCUCUGCUCUGUAUGUGAUCGUAAAGAGGCCUGGUGGACAGAAUGACCCUGUGUAUAGCUGCUGUCGUUCGUGCUUGUGGGCUAGACCUGAAUCAACCUCUUGAAGAAUUGGAUCUAGCCUGCAGAAAGACUGGAAACCUUGUGUCAACAGGCUGUGCCUCUACUACAGACUACUACCCUACCCUCUGUGGGCACAUAUGGGUGAAAUCUUUUAUGGACAAUAAUAUAAUUAUUAUUUUAUUUUGUUGUCUUUUUAAUGUAUACGUGUAUAAGUGCAGCUGUAAAUUUGUGGUUGUGACAGGUUAUGUUUCGAUUCUUUAUGUACAUAAUUUGGUUGCUACCAGUAGACCCAGCCUAGAAUGUGACCGAGCACACAUUCAAGAACUGAGAACAGGAAAUUAGAACAUGUAAUACAAUUGUAUGAGGUAAUUGGAAGGCCUUCUAUAUGGAACCAGGUCUGGUAUAAUGCCAAGAUCACUGCUAGAAGCUGAUAGCAUUUAAAGAAGCCUUGCUUGAAUAGGUAAACACAACACUAGUCAAGGCCCCUGGCCUUUGUUACACCCUUAUGUGGCAACAAAAAUAUCCCAAAGACAAUAGAUGCUUGACAUUUUAGUACUAGUCCAGACAUCCACUUCUGUAAAACUUGUACAUAACAUGAGACUGUGACCGAUGCUGGUAAUUGUUUCUGCAACUCCAGUGGCAAAAAACAGACCGAAAGAAUGAAUGACACAGCACAUUCAGGUGGUCCACUCAGCAGUUCUCUCUGGGUAAGGCAGAGAGGAGGCCUUGUGAGGAUCGCCCGGUCAGAGUCAUGAACUGUACACACACACACAGCAGAAGCACUGGAACACACAGCACUGCCAGCGCAAGCCAGAGAUCUCUAACCAUCUCUGUUCUGAGCUGCUCAAAGUCCCACCAAUUCAAAAUCACAAACUUUAUUGGGUUGAGGCAACUUAACAGCGGACAUGUCAUGUCAUGAUGCAUCCCCACACACGCACAUACAGUACUGCGGAGGAGUCCCUAAAGCACUUAGAUAGUGCCUCUCUAUGGUAGUGUAGAAUGACGGUGAUUAGCUGAGUUUGGGCAGCAUCGCUGCCACCCCCCUGGUCGCCCCCCACCCGUACCCUCUCAGCUCCGCAAACACAACCGAGUCUGGAGUCGAUGGAUGCCUCCACACCUGCUGAUGAAAGCAUCCCACCUGUGACCGACAGUGCUUGAGACUCUCCAGCCUUACUCCGCUCGCUGCCUCUCUGCCUAGGGGACACACGGGACUUCAAGCCUUAAAAGGGACAACUUUGAUGAGUUAGGACCAGAGAAGACAAUUACCGAAUUCACAGGAGUUUUUUUCUUUUCUGGAUAACGUACACAACAGAAAUACUUUUGCCUUGCCUAUCAAAAACCAAAAAUCCAGAACCAAGCAGGCGUCGGUGUGGUUCAGGUCUGCAGAGUAGCAGGAUGUGCCUUGGGUCGGGACACUUCACAUUCGAGAGAAAAGACACGCGGACGGAAAAACCAAAUAUAGAAUUAAAUACCGACAUGAAAGGAAGAGAUCACCAGAAUGCCUUCUCCUGUGCCAUCACAGUAAAACAAUUCAGGCUUCUUAAUUGUCAGUCAUUGUCUUUAUUGUCAUCACGUCAGUAGACCUGUGUUCAAGUAUAGCUACAUCUUGAGUUCAAUCGGUUUUGAAGGAGUGUAAGUGUCGACAACUGCAAACAAUCUCAACCCGUGAGUUGUUUAUAUUUCAUCAUGUUAAGGACGUUGGGCUUGAACCCGAAUUGCAGAUUCCUAAUGUGACUGUUUUAUGCCGUCACUAUAUGAAUGUCACAGAGGUAGAUGAAAGGAGGCCUUACUUGGCCUGAAUUGCUAGAAUGUCACUACUGGGGAAAAUGACUUAUGUCGCAAUCAUAUGUACGCAUUAUAUGAACCUAUCAGCCCACACUAAGACCCCACAGCCAAUCAGAACAGUCCUGGACCUGAUGGUAAACUUGUCUGUCCUGGUGUUUCUGAAGAUGUUGAGUGAGUUGGUUCCAUAUCUGUGAGGUAUUUCCCUGUGACAGACACUAACUCUGUAAGAUUUAUUGAUGAACACAGUAACAGCAGGUUCUGUUUGAUUGUGCUCCAUGUGUACAUCUCAAGACAGACCUGAGUCAAAUAUGUGUUCCACAUAUAAGACUUAGCUAAGCUAUGCUUGGCUCUGGCAUGUGAGGGAGAACUUUUCAAGUGCACCUCGAAGUAUGUUAAAUAUUUUGAGUUUUGACCCUUGGUCUGCCUCUCUGAACGGUAUAUUUUGUGUGCAGAAGAUUUUAAAAAGGUGCUUUGUAUAAAUAAGAUAAUGUAUUCAGAGUUUGGUACAAAUGUUUCAUAUCUCUAAUAUUCUUAAGGAUUGAAAGUGAGAAUUUUUAGGAUAAUAAUUGUGUGUUGUCACUGCACAGGGUCUGCUCUUGGCUUUGUAACUUUUUCCUCAUUGCUAAAAUGUUAGUUAUUUUAUAGGUUUCUAGAAACUUUGUAUGCAUAUAAUAGCCAAUUGAAAUAAACAGGCAGUUCUGAUCUA